UUCACUUGUAAACAAAUGUGAAAUUAGCAAAUAAGUUUUUAAAAGUUCUUAAUAUGAAAGAAAAUCAAUACCAAAAUGAAAUACAUUUUAAGUUACUGUCCAAAUAUAUGUUUUAUUUUAUUUUUAGUUUGAGUUAUAAGAUUUUAUUUGUAUUUUAAUGUCUAUAAAGUAUAAGGACAUCAAAAGACACCUGUUCAGGAUUUUAUUUUGUUUAUUUACUUCCCCCCACUGUCGUAGCAUGACUGAAUAACAUAUUAAUGUCAGCAGGUCAUAACCAGAUGCCAAGCAUGGACCUGGAUACAGAAAAAUGCCUUCAGAAUUUAAUGUUUUGAAAGUACAGUGUAUUAAAGUCAGAGUGUAUGCACAAUGUGGUCAACCGAAGAUGAUGAUCUUGGUUUGAAUCCUUAUGAGAGUUUUAUGAAAAAGCAUCUCCAACACUAUGGCUACUUUACAGGUCGCAACCAAAACUAUCGCAAUGCAUUCCGAUCAUAUCAUGAAUGGGAAAAGAAUUAUGGGUAUGACAUUAACUCAAGUGAUUCUUCUGACUCGGAUAAUGAAAAAGAUAAUCAAGACAACAAGCUUCAAGAAGAGCUGCUUCGCACCACGCAACUUGUAUACAGUUACGAAGCUGGCCGGAUGGUUCCAAGGUUACGAGAACCCCGAAACCUGUAUGCCCUUGCGAAGGAACUCGGUCCCCAGCAGGCAGCAAGAUGGCCAUCUGACGUGCAGGUGGUCGACACUAAUGUAGCUCAUAUACGAUACAUUCCUCCCGAACCAGAGCCUUUCUACAAACAGACUGGCCUUGAGAGGACUCCUAUGGUGCGUGGUGAAGAGCAUGGUGGUCAGUGCGUGUUUAACUAUGAUCCCAAAAAUACAUUUUUUGUCAGAUCUAGAGUUGGUGGUGCUAAAGACACUUAUGAACAAUGCAGUGUUGAUGUCAACUCUCGAGAAGACACGACCCUAGUGUUUGAGUCCAGAUUUGAGAGUGGCAAUCUUGCUAAGGCUGUCAAAGUUGCUGAAUAUGACUAUGAACUGACACUGCGUUACGAUCUCUAUACAAACAAACACACCCAGUGGUUCUACUUCCGGGUGAAGAACACCCGGGCCAACGUCAAGUACAGAUUCAGCAUUGUUAACUUCAUCAAGUCUGACAGUUUAUACAACUGUGGAAUGAAGCCCGUGAUGUACAGUGAAAAGGAUGCACUACAGAAGAAGAUCGGUUGGGUGAGGACGGGGUUUGACAUCAAGUACUACAGGAACAACCUUAAGUAUGAGACUGCCAGAGGAGACCGCCCAUUCUACUCUCUGUCAUUUUCAGUGGUGAUGAACCACAACUAUGAUACUGUCUACUUCGCACAUUGUUACCCAUACACCUACACAAACUUGCAGGAUUAUUUGCUGGAGCUCGCAAACGAUCCAAUGAAAUCUCAGAUUUGCAAGCAGAGAGUUUUGUGUCGAACACUUGCUGGAAACCUGGUGUAUGUGCUCACUAUCACUUCACCGUCCACUAACCCAGAAGAUAUUAAGCACAAGAAAGCUGUGGUUCUGACAUCUCGUGUACACCCUGGUGAAAGCAAUGCUAGUUUUAUGAUGAAGGGCUUCCUAGACUACCUCACUGGACAUUCUGCUGAUGCCAAACUGCUGAGAGAUACAUUCAUCUUCAAGAUUGUUCCCAUGAUGAAUCCAGAUGGCGUGAUUGUCGGCAAUUACCGGUGCUCACUCACAGGUCGUGAUCUCAACAGAAACUAUAAGACUGUGCUCAAAGACUCGUACCCUUCUGUGUGGCAUACCAAAAACAUGAUCAGAAGGUUGUUGCAAGAGAGAGAGAUAGUUGUGUAUUGUGAUUUGCAUGGACACAGUCGGAAGAACAAUGUCUUCAUCUAUGGCUGCGAGAACCGCCACAAUCCUCAGCGCCGUCUGCGGGAACGGAUAUUUCCUUGCAUGCUGAACAAAAAUGCACCAGAUAAGUUCAGUUUUGAUCACUGCAAGUUCAAAGUUCAAAAGAGUAAAGAAGGAACUGGAAGAAUUGUCAUGUGGAACAUGGGCAUAAUGAAUAGCUACACAAUGGAGGCAACAUUCUGUGGGUCAUCGCUAGGAAAGAAGAAAGGUUUCCAUUUCUCAAUGGCCGACUACGAGGCCCUGGGAUACCAUUUCUGUGAUACCCUACUGGACUACUGCGAUCCUGAUAACAGCAAAUGUGUUCAUAUUCUUUCCAACUUGGAGGACAAACUGCGAAUGGAGAUCUUAGCCAAGAUGGAGAAGGAAGGAUUGAGUCCUACCGAAGAAAUUGACUUCAGUGACUAUUCAUCUGACCUUGAAUCAAGUGAUGGUGGUUCAGACAGCUCAGUAUCAGAUGGGCCUCCAGUUCAAUUCCAGCUUCCUCCAGCUAAACCUGCAAAGAAAAAGAAGAAGCUGAAAUCAAGAAAAGAGAGAGACAAACAGCUUGUGACAGAGAAGGAACAAAAGAAGGAAGCUCCUGUUGACAAGAAGUCUUCAGUUGGUGCACAGACAAAACCAGAAAAGUUCGCACCUACACCUCUUCGAUAUACAUCCAGCACACCAAAGCGCCCACGGUCUCAGGACGAGAGAACCAAUAAUGGGAUUCCUAUAUUUGCUCAGGAAAGAAGUGAGGAGCGGCAACAACGGAGGGUAUUUAGUGCUGACUCUCGUAUUAGGAGACUCUGUUCAGUAAAGACGGAUUAUUUAGAAGCACUGACGGAAGCAUAUCUCAAAAAUGGAAUCCCUUUGAUGAAUGAACAAGUUCCCCACCUUCGCUACUCAGGCACCAACAAAGCCUUUCCCAACAUACCUUUAUGUUUAGAGGGCCUCUGUCCGCAUCAUGAACAAGCAUAUGCCGAACAGUACGUCGCAUGUCAGCUGCAAAAUAUGCAGUAUGGAGACUCGUCAGCAGUGUCAAACCCAGAGUUUAAGGGUGGCAAGCUAAAGCGACUGAAGGAUAAGCGCCAGCAGGACAAGGAUUUGGCCCCCGUGUCGUCUACGCCGUUGGGAAAUUCCUACUUUAAGAUAUGGAAAAUACUGACUCGAAACCGUGACAAACAGUAUGAAGAUGAUUACUUGCGUUCACAGUCUGUCCAAAGUCCUUUGAAUCCACUGGACAGACGACAGCUGCCACGCCACCUGGUGGAGGUUUCUGCAGCUCAGCAAAGACAGCAGGAUUUAUUAAAACAGCAGGGAGAAAAAAAAAACUUCCUCAAACAACACCCCAAUCCAUUUGAUGAGAAAUUUGAAACAAGAAAAGAUCGCACUAAGUCUCGUAUUCCAUCUGCUACCUUUGUCAGCUAUGACACGUACAACAGUGAGACGAGUAUGUUUGGAGAUGACACUGCCAACCAAGAUGAGACACAAGACAGAGGGUCGCAUUGCAAUUCUACGAGAAGUCACAGAACGAAGAGUGGAAGGAAAAGUAGAAUGGGAAUGCAUGAAGGAAUGCGUGAUGAGGAAGAAAACAUGAAUGUGAGCCUGAUGUUGAACUCCAGUGACACCAUCAACAUGUCGACAACAUUCCCUUCUUCUACUGCUCGAGGGGUGUCAGAAACCAAGCUGUUUCGGGCCAACUCGGAUAUCAAGUAUAAUGAUGACGGUCGAAGGAAGUCUGCACGCGAGAUAAUGCGCUCAAGUGUUUGCUCAAUCCGCAGUGACAGUGCAAACCCGACUAAUGAGUCGUACAUUAAUAAACUGAUGAAGGAAACGAAUGAUGAGAUAGAAAGCUUGACCACAGAACUUCGAGGAGACAUUGAGAAGAAAAAAAUGACUGCAGAAAUACAGCAAGAAGCCAAACAAUUACAAGAGAAAGUGCCAAUACCACAUACAAACAGUGCUGAACAUUUGAUGCCGAAUGACAAAGAGCAUUAUGAUAACUUUUCUACAAAAUGUGACCUGAACUCCACAUCGGCCCCAGAGUUGAUUGCCAACAGCACCGAACAGUCGGUGAAGCUGAACUCUGUGCCGCUGAGAAGACAGAUGACACACUCUAACAGCAGGGAGUUUCAAGGCAUGCACAGACUGUACAGCCUUGACCUGCAAGAGAACUCGGUCCCAGGGGAAGAGUUUGACGGCUUCCAAGAGGACGGAUUGCAAGUGAACAGCCAUGACCAUAGACCACCCGAUACUCCACCAGCAGGCCAUGCUAGGUCUGCCAAGUGUAGCUCACGGCAAGUUCUUGAAGCCAUCCCCACCAAAAUCUCCUUGAUGAUUUGCCGUGACCACCAUGACACACAACGAAACACCUCAUCAAUUUUUCGCAAUGGACGUUCACCAUUUUAUAGAACUCAUAAUGUCAAGCGAAAAUAGUGCCACUCACUGCUAACAGAAUUAUGUACCUGUGUAAACUUGUGUUAGGUAAACGCUGACAAUUUACCUAUUAUGUACCUGUGUAAACUAUGUCAGGUAAACCUGACAACUGACUGUGUUUUCAGAUUUCCAAGUUGAAUCACGGAAUGGUGUUGUUAAUGAAGCACUAAAGGAAGACAGUUGUUAACAACUUACUUUGGCGGUGAUGCCGUUUACUGGGAGUUAAUAUAGACAUUAUUAUUCAACAAUACUUUUUAUUUUAUUCAUAUUGGAAAACAGCACUUAUAUAGUACUGACUUGUUUCCCAACCAAACCAAUAAUCCGUCCAGUUUUUAUUAUUAUGGUAUCUCCAAGUUAUAUAUUUUUAAACAUACUAACUUUUAUAUCUGAAUUAUAUGUUUAAUGUGUACUAAUGGCGUUAAAAACAAUUCAUUUUAAACCAUUAUAUACGUGAGUUGACAUCAUUCAUUGAUGAAUGAAUGGACAAUUUGGUCUCAGUGUGGACUGUGUGAAAAGAAUACAUAAAUGAGUAUUACAAUAUACUGCUGAUGUGUAGUAUUCGUGUAAAAGUAACUUUUUAAUAACUGAUGAUGAUUGUGAUAUUCACAAUCACAUUAAAACUUUGUGUUAAUUAUGAAAGUAUGAAUUUAAAAAUUAGAGUUUUCUUGUGUUUCUGAUUUUAUACUGGUCUUAUUAUGCAGUGUGUUCAUUAGUAGGUGGCAGGCAGUGAUUUUUGGCAGCAUUUGUUGUCACUACCACUGCCUGUUUUUCAUACUUGCAGAGAGAGAAAAACCUCUCUGCAUUUAGUAAAUACUACCACCUAUUUUUCUCAAUUAGGCUUCUAUUUUUAAAGAUAAUGAACGAUUGAACGCUGAGUUAAAUUUCCUUUAAGCCUAGAUUUACAGUAGUAAAACAAUGACUAUACUAACAAUGGUAGAUUGACAUAUUGUUAUAUUUACAUUGUCUCAUUUUCAUAGCUGUAAAAACUGUUGAGUUAGAUUCAUGAGGGGGAGGAAAUCUAUGGUUACCAGAAAACUUGCUAAAUAUUAGUCCAAAGAUAAACGAAAAAUUAUAUGCAAAAUUAUGUAAUAAUAUCUGUGAUAAAAUACUACAAACUGCUCAGGUUUGAAAGUAUGCAAUAUUUGUUUUCAUUGAAGACCUAACUUUAGUUACAGACUGGCUUAGCUAGAAAAUACUUAGAUGCAUACUCAUAAGCGUAUGAGGCACGAGGGGGAGAGGAGGGAGAUUUGGCGCGCCCCCCCCCCCCCCCCCCCCCGAAA